UUUGCAAUAGACGCAUUCAGACUGAAAAAUGUCAACAUAUAUGUGCUUAUGGUUUUGCCUAGCAGCGUUUUUUGCUCUUCAGGGUGAUUCUAGAUCUACGGAAAAGAUACACGGCAAACUUACAGGAUCACAAGAGACAAACGAGGUUGUAGAUCGAGUGAAAAGAUAUAAUGUCGACUACACAGACUAUGUAUAUGUCGAUCAUGGACAAGGAAAUAACCAAGGUGAAACUUAUGAAGUCGUUGAAAUAGGACUACCUGGACCGCCUGGACCACCAGGAAUUGGUCUUGCAGGAAAAAGAGGACGAACUGGACGUACUGGACCUCCCGGAUCCAAAGGAUAUAGAGGAGAACCUGGAAAAACAGGACCUGUUGGAUCUCAAGGGUUAACUGGACCGAGGGGUUUCAUUGGAUUUACAGGACCUGCUGGACAGUCGGGACCAUCUGGACCUGCUGGACCAUCUGGACCAACUGGACCUAUUGGAUCCACCGGUCCCUCCGGACCUCAUGGUCCAACUGGACCUUCUGGACCAGCUGGACCAAAAGGAAUGAAUGGACAAACAGGACCUUCUGGGCCCGCAGGACCUCAAGGACCAACUGGAAAUUCUGGUCCAAAAGGGAUGACUGGGGCACCAGGACCUUUUGGGCUGUCUGGUCCUGUUGGACCUUCAGGUCCUGUUGGGCCAGCAGGGCCUAAAGGAAUGCAAGGGACGAAAGGUGAUACUGGACUGACUGGACCUUCUGGACCAAGUGGACCUACUGGACAAGCAGGACCAUCCGGUCCUACCGGACCAAGUGGACCUUCAGGACCAUCCGGACCGGCCGGACCAUCUGGUCCGGUCGGACCCAGUGGACCUUCAGGACCUUCAGGACCCUCUGGUCCAACUGGGCCAACCGGACCAGCAGGUCCGAUAGGUCCAAAAGGACCAAAAGGUAUGCCCGGCAAUAAUGGUGGAGGAAAUGGAUGAGGAGGUGGAUAAUAAUAGGAACGUAAACGAACGCUCAUGGAAGACGUGUGUAUUCAUCUAUGGUAGCUUGAAGAAAGUUACCUGACAGUAUCAAAUGAUGUAAUAUCGAAUAAAAAUGAAAUCAAACAAA